ACUUUCCGUAAUUCACUAAUUUCGUAUGUGAAUUGAUUGUCUUAUUUCAUGUGUGAGUUCAGAAAGAAUUACUGAAAUGUACGAGUGCAAAAGUUGUGACAAAAGUCGUGAAUCGGCUACAAUUUAAGCUUCGUCAAUAGCUUGUUUACAAUAUGAAGCUUAUAUUUUUGUUUUUCAUCAAAGCGAGUUUAUUCUCGUCUUUACUUUCAAACGACAUCAACUGCGGAAAGAAUAGCAGCCGAUGUGAUUUAAAAACACGGAUAAGAAACCUUUCAGAGACUUUAGCGAGCAGGUUUAAUGAAAUGGUCAUCAAGGAGCUCGGAAGUGAAUAUACAUCCCAUUUAGAAAUACGGACUACUUACAAAAUAAAUCGCUCGUCUAACGCCGACCAAGAUGUUUUAACGAGUAUCGUUGAUAAGCUCAGCUAUAAAGUGUCGUCAGCGACAAACAUACUGAUGGAAAUGAAUGAUACUUUCAAACACACCAAUACUCCAUCCUUCACACAUCCCUGCCCGUUUAAUUCAAUACGAAAAACAGUGCUUAUAAAAAAUUCGAACAUUCUAGACAUUUCUUUGAUUGAACCAUCUAGUUUAUUUGGUAGAUUUAAGGACUUAAAAGUGAAGAGACAAUAUUUCCUCUCCCACUUGGAUUAUGCCACCGACAAAGACUGCACCGCCAUGCCGCACACAAACCUCAGGUAUUUGUACCAUAAAAUAGUGCACCCUGACCCAAAAUAUGUUGUUUUCAUAGUAGACAACUUUGUUCAUUCCGAAACAUUACAGCAUAUCAUUAAUGUUGUCAAGGAGACUGUUUUUGCAUUGCAAAGCACAGAUAUGUUCACUGUUAAGGUAGCAAAUGCUAGCAAUUUUAUGAAGUUUGAAGACACCUGCAGUAUCGAUGGAAUGUCAAAGUUUGCCAAUGCAACAGACACUAACAAACUCCUGUUAAGAGAAUAUUUGACAACACUCGAAGUUGCUGAUUCCCUAUUGCCACCUGCGACAAUAAAUAAAGAGAUGAAAAAUUUAUUAAACGAACAACAAUUGCCUGCCAAUAAAUUGUUUAUUUAUCUCACUGAUACAAAGAUUUUAAAGGAUGACAAUUGGCUCAAAGUGUUCCCGCACAUGGAAAAUAAUGCAACAGUGAAGCUAGCAAUUGGGCUGUUUUAUGAAACUGACGACAAUAAAAACAAGUCAUUAGGAAUUUUGUCCUUCGACAAGUGGCACAACCAUUCCAAGGAGCAUUCAGUUAUGAAGUUGCAUAUAAACAACAGUGGAGUAAUUGGUCAGGUUGCAUCAGCAUUUUUGUCCCUAAUGCCCACUAACUAUGAAAGCAAGACACUAGUAGAGGGACCAAUUUGGGAAGCAACAGAGAGAGACUAUAUUAUAUCCUUGGUAUACCCCAUCUCCAGUGGUAUAUUUGGCCUGGAUUUGUACUGGUCUGAUUUAGCAGAGGAUAUCAUUUAUUUCAAAGGCAGAGACGGUGAUAAAAGAACAUUUGUUAUGGAUUUCUCGGGAAAAAUACUGAUGCAUUCACAUUUUCCGAGACCAGAGUCAACAUCAGAGAAAAUUAAAUUCACACACUUGGAGUCAAUUGAGCCCCACAAGUUUGUUGGAAAGUUGAAACAAAAGAUGCUCCAAAAAUCUUCAGGUAACAUAAAAUUUGAUAUUAAUAAUUUUACUAACAUUUUAUAUGAAUGGAAGUGGGUUCAUACAUAUUAUAUUGUAUGUCUCGUAACAGAAUAUAAAAACGACAGUAAAAUGAACAUGUCUAACAUAUAUUUUUCAAGAAGCAGCAAAGAUAUACUGUUUCAUAGACUAGACUUAUUCCCACCAAAGACUGGGAAAUUAUGUAGGCAUUUUAAGCAAAUCUCAACUAUUGACCAAGGAACAGUGUAUUUAAGUCCUUCAAGUUUUCAGUCGCCAUUUGCUUACCUCUAUGACAUGGCAGACGGACAGGAAGCUUUGGCAUACAUCCAAAAUUAUUUGGCAUAUAUCAAGAGCGUCGCUCAUGGACUGCUCUCCAACCCUGGCUUAAAGAAUGAAAUACAACAAGAUGUUGGUUUCCUUAAUUCCAUUUUAUCCUUUUACAAAAGGCAACACCUUCAUGGACCACUUUCUAACUAUGUGGUGAGGAGAUAUGCAGCAACAGAAAGCGGUGUCCUUGUGAUGUUUCCAGGCACUGUGUUAGAAUAUGACUAUGAGCCUGUUAGAAGACCAUGGUAUACAAAUGCCAUGGAAAAUCCAGACAAAAUUAUUCUCACACCACCCACUCUCGAUGUGGGCGGUGCAGGCUAUAUUAUAUCUAUUUCCUAUGCUCUUCAAAGCCCAAUUUAUCCUCCCAUGGUUGUAUCGAUGGAUGUCACUAUGGGUUUUCUAUACAAGCUACUCAUAGAAAAUAUGCCGCAAUGUUCAUUGGUUUAUAUAAAAUGUUUUAUAAUGGACAACAGAGGUUACUUGGUUUCACACCCAGGUUUGAUGGACCCAAAUAGCUCAGGGCCAAUAGAGCAGCAGCACAUUACACAUAAGGAGUCAAUGAUAGCUAUCGAUAUGUUAAAUCACAAAGGUUUCGUCACCAAGAAGAUGUGCAGUAACUUUUUUGAUAAAACUAUACAAAGAUACUACGAAUUUAACAUGUCCCUGCCGAAUGUUUUGUCAAAUAUAGUGUCAGGCGACCAUUGUGUCCACUAUCACAUAACUGCUAUACCUGGAACUAACUCUUUCAUUGGACUCGUGAAUUCAAGAUGUAGCUUAGGAAGUAUCGGACCUUUUUGUCCCUGCAGCAUGUUCGAUCGACUCUGCCUCAACUGCAACCGCAUGGAGCAAACGGAGUGCGAGUGUCCCUGCGAAUGUAGCUCUGAAUGGUACGAGUGUCCUAACGCCAACAAAUCGAACAUGAGCCAGGACAUACCGUUGUGUGGCAUGUUGCCAGAGAAAAAUAAUCACAAAUCACACUACUUCCACAACUACGCUGAAAAUUUGAAGCCCUGUUUCGACUUUCAAUGUGAAAACUACUUGACCCAUUCUAGUUGCUUAGGCGUGUUGGCUUGCGAGUGGUGUCAGGUGGACGCAGACGGCCGCACGCCGCUAGCUGCGCCGUUUUGUACUUCUCAAUCGACUUGUUUCAACGGUGUCCUCGGUGCCGUGACUCCUUACGGCGAGGGUACUUUUGGCCAGGUCAACAGAGACGCUUUCGCAAGUUACUCUGCGAUUGGACCAAUAGCGGGGUGUAUCGUUACGAUCAGCUUGGUAAUAGCUGUCGCGAUAUACUGCUACAGACAAAAUACUACGACCGCUAGCUGUCACAACUUGUACGUCGACGGUCCAGCCGAGACUUGGCAAGAUAUUGAUGUUCAACUGAGUUACAUGUCAUCGGACGAUAUGCCCGACCAGAACGGCCAAGACAAGCUGCUGCCGGUGAUGGAGAUCGAGGCACCAAUAUCUCCAUACAGGGUGGUCACAGGGUACCGAAGGUCUCAUACAGCUGGAGGCUCUGACCACGGAUACUCGACGAUGACUCCUCACGAGGACUCCGAAGCUACAGGCUUCUCUGUGAAUGAUCCCACGAUACUAUCGGACGAUACAAAAUCCGACGUCAGUUUUCCUGUUCCUACUAAAGUUAAACAUAGACACAAUAUUCCUACCGAUUUAUCAGUGACCGUGCUACCUUGUGGUAAAAAUAGUGUCAUAGCACCUGUCACAGUGCAUAGAAAUAUGGAAACGUCGUAGAUGUAAGCAAUAGAAGUUAUCUACCUCUUGUGUACAUAAUAAUUAUUUAGGUACUUAUAAUAACUACAUGUUACUAUAACAUAAUUACUUAAUAAUGUGAUAAUAAAACUAACAUUUUAAUUAUUUUUAUGACAGAAAUUAUAUUACGCAGAAUACUAUUAAACUUCUUUGACCUAAGCUUUGCAAUAUAUUUAAUCAACUGGUCAAGUAUCCUAAAAUUUUGUGGAUACUUGUAUACAAAAAGUUGUUUUAAUCAUUAUACCUUCCAUAGCGUCUUCCCAACUAAAUUUAUAAUAAUUAUCAUUAUUGCCAUACUAUUUGAGCUUAUUUACGUAAGGAAAUAUUGCAGGUACUUUUUUAUACAUGUACUAAUAAUUCUAAGUAUUACUAUUUUAUAAACUUAUUAAUUUAGGGCAGCUGUAAGGUUUGUGAUGCUUAAUGGAUAGCAGCUAACUGUGUUUACUCCUAAAUUUUGGAAUUGCUGUUAAACAAAAAUGACUUAAUUUUAAUUGUAUUAUACUAUUAAAAAAUAACAAUUUUACAAUAAUUGUUUAAGUGCACUGACCUCCAUUAUAUAAGUACGCUGCGCGCUGGACUUAAUAUGAUAAUAAUGGUA